AAAAAUGUCAAGUCAACCUCCUUUUCUAGUUAUCGAUGGUUAUCGAGACAAAGACAGAGAAGGAAAGGAUUUUUUAGAUCCCGAAGCAGGCAAAUUUAAACGGACUGAAUACGCCCAUUAUUUUGUUCCCGGCUGGCGAGCUUUUUUGCAGGACAGUUAUCAAAUGCCUGGUUCCGAUUGUGGUUUAUUUGAGGCGCAGUUCUUCAAAUGUAUGGAAGCAUUUGGGGCUAAACUGUCUCGUCUUUAUUGCGAUUUGGAACAACGUGAUUUUUCGGAAUGUGUUACUGGGGAAAAGAAGUUUAAACGUUUUCGUGCUAUGAAAGACAUUCGAUUUAAAAAAUGGCUUAGAGGUGAUCGUCCAACUAUGUGGGAACCAACAAUUGAAUAUAUUCGUGCUGUAAAGCCAAACUUUGCUGGAAUGGCUACUGGAACUGAUAAAAAGCCAAAAGUUAUUCAAUCGGUUAAAACACAAUAG